AUGGCUAUGUUGUGCACCGCAACACUCAGCAGUUCUGUUUUACCAAAGAGUCCACCGGCUCAUUUAGGUUCCUUACAGAGACGAAGCCAAUUCAUUACUGGCCCUAUUGGAGGAGUCCCAAAUCUGAACAAUACAAGGAAGGGUUCGUCUUCGCCUCCUUCUUUUACCAUCAGAUGUUUGAAAGGUGUUGCUGCCCCUACACCCGAUAUUCUUAGUCGCAUUUUUAAUGGAGGAGUUACCCCAACCCCCGUUCCAGACCCAACAGCCGUUACAAGACAAGACUUCCCUCCUGAUUUCAUUUUUGGCUGCGCCACUUCUGCUCUGCAGACGGAAUCAUCAGCAACAGAAGGAGGGAGAGGACCCAGCACCUGGGAUUCUAUGCUAGAAGGAGAAGAUGCAGUCGACUCAUACUUCCUAUACCCAGUUACAUUUGUUAGGUUAAUGAAUUGGGUUGAGUUUGAUGUUUUUUACUGUGAUGAAUUGAGUGAUGAAGAAGAUGUGAAACAGCUUGUGCAAAUGGGAGCUGAUGUUUACAGGUUAUCCAUCUCUUGGACUAGGAUCCUCCCUGAUGGAACAAUAGCUGGCGGUAUAAACCAAGUGGGUAUUGAUUUCUACAACGGGUUCAUUGAUGAACUAGUCAAGAAUGGUAUAACCCCAGUUGUGACACUUUUCCACUUCGACUUGCCCACAGCAUUGCAGACGAAGUAUAGGGGGUUCUUGAGCACCCAGAUUAUAAAUGACUUCAAAGACUACGCCAAUCUUUGUUUCCAAACAUUUGGAGAUCGAGUAAAGUAUUGGGCUACUGUCAACGAGCCACAAGUGUUUUCACAAUAUGGAUACGCUACAGGGCUGAACCCACCAGAUUCAAAACCAGCAACAAAUCCAUUCGUUGUUGCACAUAACAUCAUACUAGCCCAUGCCACAGUUGCUAAACUGUACAAAGACACUUACCAGCCAACCCAAAAAGGAGAGAUUGGUAUUCCACUUGUGACUCAAUGGUUUGAGGCAUACCAACCCGGGCGACCUGAUGACGAUGCAGCUAGGAGAGCGUUUGACUUCCUCACGGGAUGGUUUUUGGAGCCCCUGAUAUAUGGCGACUAUCCAUUCAUAAUGAAAGCUCUGGUGGGCGAUAACCUUCCAACAUUUACUGAUGACCAGAAAGUUUUAGUUCAAGGAUCAUAUGAUUUCAUCGGUGUUAAUUAUUAUACUUCUAGCUACGCAAAUGCACUUCCAUUGCUAGCUCCAGGUGCAACUGUUACUAGCCAAGCUGAUUUUCAACGCGUUGACCUCACGCAAUUAUCUGAUCUCACCUUCCUAUCUACCAUGCUUGUCCCAGCUACGAAUAGCCAAGGGGUGCUCAUUGGGCCACAGGCACCGGGGAGUACUUCUAUUUAUAUUUAUCCACAAGGGCUAAGGGAUGUGCUGAUAUAUAUAGCCAGUACUUAUGGCAAUCCCAAAAUCAUCAUCACUGAGAAUGGAUAUCCCGAGAAACGAGACGACAGCAUUCCAGUAGAGAUUGCCAUACAGGAUAAUGGUCGAAUUCAACAUAUGAUUGGUCAUCUUUACGCAAUUUCAGAAGCAUUAAAGGCGGGAUCAAAUGUCAAAGGUUACUUGAUGUGGGCUUUGAUGGAUUGCAUGGAAGUGGGAUCAGGUUAUACAGUUCGAUAUGGCCUCGCCUACACGGACUACCUGAACAAUUACAAGCGAAUAGCUAAGAAAUCUUCGGGUUGGCUCUAUUCUUUCUUGAAUGCGCCCGCACUCAAAUCCACUCCCGCACCCAAAAAACGGAAAACAAUCGGUGUUUGA